UGUCAUGGUGCCUAAAGGUUGAUUUUGUUUUUAUUUCAUAAUUUCAUAAAGUCGAGCCCAUAAAAAAGUUAUAAUGAACAGAAUAAUUUUGAAUCAUUGUCGGUGUUUAAAAAAAUCAACUUUACAAUGGGAGACAAGGCAGUAUCAAAACUUUCCAUACUUAACGCUUUCAAGGUCAUUAUCCUAUUACACAACUCAGCCCAUUGGAUUGCAGUAUGAUAUUAGUCAGAAACCUUUCAACACAAGAGUGUUUUAUCAUCCCUAUGUAAGAACCAUAUCUACAAGUAAGUACCACUAUGAGAAAGAGCCUUUGAAACCAUCCUCCAAGGUAGAAGCAACAGUUGAAACUAUCAAAAAAGGUAUUGAGGAGAAAGAGAAACUCCCAAAAAAGGAGGAAGUUAAGAAAAGUUUGAAAGAAAAGAUUAUGGGUGAAUUGAGACACUAUUACCAUGGCUUUAGGCUACUGUUUAUUGAAGUCAGAAUAUCUGCAUCAUUAUUAUUUAAGAUUUUGAGAGGUCAGUCCUUAACCCGCAGAGAACACAGACUGCUGGUGACUACAAUUGGUGAUAUGUUCAGAAUGGUGCCAUUUAUCGUAUUUAUAGCUGUGCCGUUUUUGGAAUUUGCUCUACCUUUAUUUAUCAAACUGUUUCCAAAUAUGUUGCCAUCUACCUUUGAGAGUCGCAGUCAAACAGAAGCGAAGCUCAAACAGCAUUUUAAGGUAAAACUGGAGAUGGCCAAAUUUUUCCAAGAAACAUUAGACCAGAUGGCUCCUCAAGCUAGCAAUAGACAUUCAGAUUUAUCUAAAGAGUUUUCAAGUUUCUUCAAUAGGAUUCGUACAUCCGGUGAUGUGGCAACCAGUGAAGAAAUAAUGAAGUUUUCUAAACUUUUUGAAGAUGAAAUAACUUUAGAUUCACUUCAAAGGCCACAUUUGGUUGCUCUAUGCAAAGUUUUAAAUGUUUCCACAAUUGGUACAAGUGCUAUGUUGAGAUUCAACUUAAGGAUGAAACUGAGAUCUUUAUCAGCUGAUGACAAGAUGAUUGCAAAGGAAGGUGUGGACAGUUUGAAUUUUAGUGAGUUACAACAAGCAUGCAGAGCUAGGGGUAUGAGAGCAUAUGGGGUAUCAGAAGAACGGUUACGUAAAGAACUCAGGAACUGGUUGGAUUUGUCGUUGAAUGAGAAAGUUCCACCAUCGUUACUUCUGUUGUCAAGGGCAUUAAUGGUUCCAGAGCAUGUGCCCACAACAUAUAAACUUAAGGCUACUAUCUCAGCACUACCAGAACAAGUUGCCACCCAAACAAAGGCUGCGAUUGGUGAGAAAGAAGGCAAGCUUGAUUUCAAGACUAAAUUAGACGUCAUUAAACUUGAAGAAGAGAAGAUCAAAGAAGAACAGAAAGAGUUACAGGAAGCGGAAAGAGAAAAAGAGAUCCUGGAAGCUAAGAAACGCGAGAAGGAAGAACUUAAAGACAAAGCACCAAUUCUUGAUGAAGCCAGCACUCCUGUUAUGGUAGACCCAGCACCGAUUAUAUCAGUGGAUUCGGUUAAGCCGAAAUCCGAAGAAGGCCUGUCUGGCAAAGACAUUGAUGUUAUUGAGGAUGCUUUAGAGAAAUUAGCUAUACAGAAGAAGUCCCUGCUCCUCGAGAAGGAGAGCAUUCAAGAGCUCAAGACUGAGUUGCUGGACUACAGCGAGGACGUAAUGGAAAUGAACGAGAUGGUGAAGACCAAACAGGCGGAUAUCAAACUCUCUAAAGGUGCUAGGAGAUUAUACCGUGCAGUGAACAAUAUGAUUAGCAAGCUGGACGCUACCCUAAUCGAGCUAGAGAAGAAAGAAGAGGCGUUGAAAACCACACUCGAGCAAACCAAAACCGAGCCUCAGAAAGCUAAAGAACAGCUCAUACAGAUUGAUGAGUUAAUGCAUUCCAUUAAGAGCCUACAGAAAGUUCCUGAUGAAGCGAAACUCAAGCUUAUCCAGGAUGUGCUUGGAAGGCUGGAUGACGAUUUUGAUGGGCAGUUGAAGAUUGAUGAUGUUUUAAAGAUGCUGGAAAUAAUAGGCAACGAAAACGUGAACCUGUCAGAGAAGCAAAUGGCUGAGCUGAUCGAGCUCCUGGACAAAGAGGAGAUCCUGGAGGUGGAGUCUAAGAUACAGAAGGCGUUGGAGAAGGCUGCCAAAGCAGCCAAGGAACAGGACAAGUCUGAAUCUGACGGGAAGAGUCUAUUCGAUCUAAUACGAGAAGCGCAGAAGCGCAGGGAAAUGAAGAAGGCCGUAGAGAAGUUCGGGGAAGACCCGAGCAUGCCGAAGAGCGAGGACAUCGUAGCCAAACAGGAAAUACCGAAGCGGCCGGAAAGCCAAUAAAAUCACAGAAACCGCUACUUAAUUAUGUCGGAUACGGUGAUAAUUUUAUUUCUCCUAGUGAAUAUGUCAAUAUGACAGUCGGAUAAGUUGGCACACCACACUUUGCUAGGAUAUAUAUUUAUUGAGGGUAUUUGACUAUAUUUUUUUCUGCCUGAUUCACAACGGGCUUACUAUCAUAGCUUUAGGUAGUAUUAUUUUAAUGUUGCUCAUGUUUUUACUUCAGUAUAGGGAAGAUUACUGAAAACUUUUAGGCAGAGGGCGCUGUGCGCUUGUUACUUGUCAUUUGUCACCAGUCUGAAGUUAUGGGUCUGUGAUAUGAAUCAAAACAAAAACUUUUUAAUGAAAUAAUUAGUCAAAACGCCCUCUAGGCGAAACUAGUUUACACUGGUCUUGUCCAUAAUUGUAAUCCUUAUUUUGCGAACUUUGAAUGAAAGAAAGAAAGAAUUUGGGAAUUUUGUCUGUUCCGGUGGGGCUUUGCCCGUGGCUAAAAACUGAUUAGGGGUACGCCUUAACAGGUUAGCCCAUAACCAUUCCAUUAUCACCAGGUGAAAUUGUAGUAGAGGGCUAACUUGUUUGUAAUGGAAUAAAAAAAAUUAAAACCAUUUUUUUCAUACCUAAAAAAAAGCAUGUCCCUAAUUUAUGUAAGUGUCCUUAACAUAUUAUGUUACAGUCCAGUAAUUUCUUUUAUUAUCGUAUUUGAAAUUGCACGAGCGCUGUGUAUCGAACUCAGACGACUGACGUUUUUUAUAUAUAACCGAUUUCCGAACGAGUGGCAGAAAAGAAAAUAGUCAAACGCCUUAUAUUAUAAACUCGCCUAGAAAUAUUUCAAGGCGAUGUAUCCGAUUUCUUACGAUGUUAACUUAGAACAAUUGUUUAACAUGUUACCUUGUGACAAUAAGCAUUUUUGUACUAAAAUAUGAGAAUACCCUUUAAUAUUUAAUCACUCUGUGUAUAUAUUAUCACUGUCGUUUAAAAAAUAUAUAAUUCCACACCGUACAAAGUUAUAUUUAAAUAUUAUGUUCAUUAUUUAUUUUUAUUUUGGUUCGUUCAGAGAUUUAUUGUUAUUAUUUAUACCAUUGACCUCUAUUAACAUUGGACGUUUUGCUGUCACUUUGAUAUUGUCUCGAAUUGGUUGCCGCCAUUUUGGCGCUGUGAACGUGAAACUAACAUUUUAAUAACUAAAACACUAUAAUUUUAGUUCAAGAGUUCCUAGUGUGAUCUAUCUAAGUUUACUUAUUCGAUCGUGUGUAAGUUAACUACGAUUUAUAUGGUAUCGAAAGAGCGGCAUCUAGUGACAAAAUUGUUUCCUAGUAUUGUUAGCGCCAUCUUGUGACAAAACGGUUUCCCAGUAUUGUAACUAAGAUGGCUCUCCUAAAAUACCAUAAAAAUUAUAGUAUACACAAACGAAUAAUUAAACGAGAGAUGAACUUGAGUCAAAUUUGGCGUUUGGAAUCGGGACAAGAUUUCAGCUUUCCUCUGUCUUAGAACGACCAGUUCUGUGGUAAUAUUCGGAGUCAGUUAUUUGUCUGUGAUCGCCGUUCGAUGUCGUAAAAAGUGGCUUUCUUAGUACCUAAGGAUGGAAUUAGAUGAAUUUCAGGAGCAUUCACUUUGCAAAAUUUGUUUUGAAUUAAUCUGUAAUGCAAGCACGUUUGUUUGUUCGCAUAUACAUACUUGCUAAAAACAAAAAAAAAGGUCAUAUGCAUUAUGUAAUAUGGUCAGCUAAUUUGUUUAUCAAUUUGUUAGGACAACAUUUUAAUUUAUUUCUAGUAUGCUUACUCAAUUCAAGUGAAUGUCAAGUCUGUCUGUUUGUAGUGACUCUACCAAGACAGAUUCUACAGGAUUUCGAUUUCCGUGUCGGGCCAAUUAUUAGGUGUAAAUUAGGCAUUGAGAAACUAGAUCAAUUCUAGACUAAAAUUUUCAGUACUAGCCUGGAGUUUGAAUACUUCCGAUGAGAGCACGUUAAGCUGGCCUUUCCGGGUAUUAUGACUUGUAUUUGCUAAUAUUCGUUAUAGCCUGCCUGACUAACCGCAUUGGAACAGCGUUGUGGGGCAAAAGUCCUUCCGUCUGAUGAUGAUGUAAUCAGCUCAUUUGUCAUCAUGUUUAUGAUCUUAAGCUCAUUAGGUAUAAUCUAUACUUUUAAUAAUGUUUUCAUAAACCUAUACCAAGCUAAGAAAAGGUAGCAAGUUGCAUCUAGAAUCCUGAGUGUAGCGAGAGGUUUAGGGGCGCCCAAAACCAAGGUAGCAUUAAACCUGAGUGGAAUACUCUAGUUUUCGCAUAUCGUCUAGUAUACCUGAUAAAACAUCUUCAUCGCACUUGCAUUCACACACUACAUUCUUGGACUUUUAAGUAAAGUUUGUAUCUCAUGUAGACUCAUUUUAAAUUCAACUGGGAAAUACAGUUGUUAAAGGGUUCUCAUGCGACUAGAAACAGUGCACAGUUUUUUCAAAUCCGAUCUUAAGCAUAAACUCACCGUUACCUGAGAGCCUGUUCUUAGCUCAGUAUCGGUUUAUCAAAGCGAAUAGUGACAAUAAUGUAUCACUAUUUUAUAACGAGAGUAUGAAAUUUGAUACGGAUAUUUUGUUCUAAGAGGGCCUAUUAAUGUUUCAGUGUGUAUGCGGCUUUAGUUUAUUUAAUUUUAAAGCCUCGUUUCCUUUGCGUAAAUCUGCAGUUUAUAUAAAAAAUGCAAAAGUAUUGCAAAAGUAAGCAAAAAAUCUACUUUGCAAUAUAUAUAUACUAUAUAUAUACUGUUCUGUGUCCACUAACUUCUGUCACAAAAACCUUCUUGUAACCUGAAAAAGUCCUGCAAGCUGGUGUAUGCUGUAGCAAAAACGUUUCUAAUGCAAAGUGGAAACGCGGCUUUAGUUUAAGUAUUAGCACAAAGUUAUUUUUAUGUGUAAUCCGUUAUUUUUGUUUUCACGUUAUCGUUUAAAACAUGUACAUAUAUUAUUCAAUAUAUAUUUUAUAUCUUGCAAUGCAAAUCAUAAUGGAUUUGCAAGGGGAUGAAAUUAUAUAAAAAAGAAAUAUUUAUCUUUUAUACAAUAUUUGGGAGUUACUGCCAAGGCGAAUGCCGAAAAUUUGCUAAACCACGUUUUAAAUUACUAUCCAAACAUUCGCGUACAUAUUUUGAACGUCAUUCUGGAUAUAAAAUUAAAUUUUUAAAACCUUCGUUAACGUUCUUUACCUUAGAUUAAAAGCACCCAUAAAAUCGACUUGUCUUUAAGAUCGGUACGAUCGGUGACAGAAGCGACAUGUCGUCGCAUCCGGUCUUUCAGGUAAAGAUGGUGAAACAGAAAAAAAUAAUUCGUUAUUUUUGAAUAUAUUUUACAUGAAUAAAUAAAUUUAAAAGUGAUACUGAACUUAAUAAUCGAAUUAAGAUUAACAUAGCUAUAUAAAAGUAAAGAAUAAUAAUAGAUGAUACUAUUCAACAUAGAUGGCAUAUAAUGCAGUUUACAUUUGUAACAUAAAAUAGUUUAUGUGUUAUAAUAUUUCUUUUGAGCUUUUAAAAAAGUCAUAUUAGUAUAUGCAUUUUUUAGGCAAGUGCGCUCUAAUUUAGACCUAUGCUUUUUUCAUCAGGCAUUCUCUUGUCAAGCGGUAGCCUAUAUAUUGAAAAAAAAGUGAUGUUUAAUUAUUUACGUUCAAUAAUAGAAUGUUCUGACAAACUGUGAAGUUUUAUUAUAAUACAGAUGUCGUAAGGUA